ACCAUAUAUUUGAUAUCUUCUUAUGUGUGGGGAUCGAAAAGCGUAAAAUGUAUACACAUCUUACACUUUCUCAUCAAGGUAGAGAGACGAUUUUUGGAAAACCGUCAGCUCAAUAUAUACAUAUCUGGUGUCAGCUUAUAUGUGGGUUCUAAAAAGUGUAAAGUGUAGCACAUCUUACACUAUCUCGUUAAGACAAAUAAACGAAUUUUAAAAAAUUAUUAGCUAAACAAUAAAGGGUUUAUGAAGGGUUCUUUUGCUUAUUACUCUUUGGAUCCCUUGUGCUCUGAAAUUUUCCUGUCUAUGUUGUCGGAAAAACCCAACUCCCAUUCAUAAAUGCACCCAUCAUCGUACACUGUCCCACUCUAAUUCCAAUGACUCGUACAACUUCCCAAACCCGUACCCGUACCCGAACCCGAACCCGCCGUCUUUCAUCUUGUUACCGCCACCCAUCAGAGCCGGUCACCGGCAUCUGCGCCGCAUGCCUCCGUGAACGCCUCUCAGGUCUCGACUCCUCCGGUGACCCUGAACUCUCUAUUGUAACCCGACCCGAAACAGAACUCGAACCGGAACCUGAACCUGAACCGGGUUUGUUUUCUCCGGAUCUUCGCCGUUGUAGGUCUGUUUCGGUUUCUACUGCUAAGUGUGAAGGUUCUACUAGCUGGUCGGAGCCACGUCGGAGAUCUUGCGACGAUAGGUCGUCGUCGUACCGGAAUACUCUUGUAAAUCUUUUUGGAGUGGACGAUGAGGUCGGUGGAUCAAAUGUUGAAUCGAAGAACCUAGGAUUGACGAAUUUGUCUGAUAAUGUUUGUCGGGCAAUUGUUGAGCAUAAAGACAGUGAAGAAGUUAGGGUUCGAGCUGAUGCAUUGGUAAGAAUUGAGGAUGUUGAAGAAGAUACUGGAGAUGGAGAGCUUAAGACAAUGAAAGAGUUCAUCGAUCUCGAAUUCGAUACGAAAAAUCACAAAUCGAAGGAUUUUCGUGUGAAUUUCAGGGAAGCAGCUUCAGUUUUCAGUAAGAAAUUGCAGAAAUGGAGGCAAAAGCAAAGGGAAAAGAAGGUUAGCAGCAGAAAUAAUGAAGGAAAUGAUAGGUUUUCAGCUGGAAAUAGCAAGUUGAUAGGGUAUACAUCGAAGGAUAAUCAGUCUGAGAUUGGGGAAUGUGUGAUUGGGAGGCGAUCUUGUGAUAUAGAAUCUCGAUUUUCAGUUGAUGGAGGGCGAUUGUCCUUGGAUUGUCCUUGGAUUUCCAUUGAUGAGCCUAGAGCUUCUUGGGAUGGAUAUAUGGUAGCUAGGACUAUUCCACGAUUAACACCGAUGUUAUCAGUUGUGGACAAUGGGUUUUUAGGGAAUGGAAAUGGGUUUGAUAAGCAUCGAGCAUCGCUUGAUGGGCAAAUGCAGGCUAUAGUAGAAGAUGAGAGUAGUUCUGGUGGAUCAGGGCAGUCAAAUUCGGAUUCGUCAUCGUCACAAAGGGGAAGUAGUUUUGAUAGGUCGAGUUCCGUUCAGAGUUUUGGCAAGAGGACAUCGGAUUUGGAGGUGUCAAAUUCAUCUCCUGCUCACGUCAAGUUGGUUUUUACAGAGAGGGAAUUGAAAGAUUGGCACUUGAAUUCUAUCAAAGAUGAGCACUUGAAUAAGUAUGAAUCAUUUUCCAAGAAUGGAACUGUUGCUGAUAGUUGUGGCGCCAAGAAGGGGUCGAAGAAGCCUGCCCGGUGGCGUGAGGUGUUUAAUCUCUUUGGUAACAAGCACAAGCUCAAUAGCAACAAGGUAGAAACCCGAAAAGGUGAAGGAGAAACUGUCAGUUCAGUCACUGAUACUAAUGUGAAGCAAGGAGACAAGGGUUAUGAUAAUGUAAAAGAGGCUGCUCAAUGGAGGCUUACACGCAGCAGCAGCAUUGUUGGGGCUAGAAAAUCCUGCAGCAGCUCCUACAUUCCUGCUAGGAAUUCCUGCAGUAGCACUUUCGAUCAGCCUAGGAAUUCGUGUGACAUGAGUGAAUUAAAUUACAAGAAGAAAGUUGCUGAAUGUGCCGCCUCUGCUAACUUUCGCAGGGAUGCUUUUGUGCUCGAGAGGAACAAGAGUGUUAAAUGCUCUUCAAAUGACAUUGAUAAUGGUACGUUGCCAUUUUAUUUGAUGCCACUGAGGACUUCUAGGAGCCGUAAAUCCACUGAGAACAAGUUUACAAAGCCCCUUCACGCCACUAGCAAUGUUCUGCACUGAAUUGAAAGGAAGAUACUACAUGUAGUUUACCACGUAUCUGAUUUUGUAAAAAACGAUUUAUCUUUGUCUCUAUCGGCAUACCUUGUUAUUUGAAUAUCAAAAUCCUUUCUUAUAACGCUUAGCUUAAAUUUUUACUUUUGUUCCCUUGUUAUUA